UAUUUUGAAUCUAUUGUUUUCUAUUUUAUCCACAUUUUUAGAUAAUAUUAACAAGACCAUCAAUAUCAUAUUUUGAGUUAAUUAUAUUUUAAUUGCAAAUGUUUAUAGUAAAAAUAAAAUUCAGCUUACAUAAGCUUACAUAAGCCUUAACCAUUUUUAUUUUAAAUAUAUUAGAGGCAUAUUUACAACGUUAAUAUAAAAAUGCAUACUAUUUAUGUUGUGAUGUUGUUAAUUGCAAUCUCAGUAAGAGGAGAACCAAGAAGCUGUAAUAAAAUCUCGCCCUACAAAAACACAGACUGGACCGAAUUGCUUGGAUCAUGGUAUCACCUGCUGCACAUUCCUGGUGCAAGUUUUUUCUUGACAUGCAAGCAUAUGUCAAUUAACGAUGUAGAUCUGGAUUCAAAGAUUGUGAACGUCGAGUUUUCUAGCAUGGGAACAUACAACAACAAUCCUCGUUUAUUACAGCACAAUUCUGUUUAUUUUAAAUGGGAAACAAACAAAGCUGUUAUUUAUACUGGAUUAAAUACAGAUCGAAGAAAACAAAAGAUUUCAAGUAAAUUCUCACUGAUAAGAAAAUUGUGGAAAACAGAACUAAAAUCAAUUUAUACUCUCAUAUCUACGGAUUACAAAAAUUAUAUGAUUAUGGUUCAAUGUACAAAUUAUGCUAUUCCAAACGUCUGGAUUUCGAUCAAAAACCUCGAUGUUGAUGAUCGUUUGGCGGACAGUAUUCUUCGAAGUCUUUCAUCAGCUGGAUUAAACGCUAACAAUUUGAAUUUCAAUUCAACAGAAAUAUGUUCUUAUUGAAUUUCGUAUAUUUUUACUUAUGGUAUGUCUAUCAA